GGAGGGUCGAGGAGAAGGAGGAGGGGGAAGGCCAGAUCUACUCGCGGGAAAAAUGGCGGAAACAUGUCGGUCUGUGUUUUCUGCGGCAGCGCUUCAAAACAUUGACUCGUAGGCCUCAUAUGGUGUUUACCUCCGUGUAUUCAGUGCAGUUUUCCACCUCUGGACCCAAGAAUCAGGCAGUUCCAGAAGAACGCUCGGCAAAGUCUCUCCACUGCACGAAAUGUACCCUAAUCUUCAAAUCCAAGGUGUACCUCUUCGAGCAUCUCAACAAGGUGCACUGCUUGGACGUGGAUGCUUCGCUCAAAGGUGCUGGCUUAAAAUACGCUGAGAGGAAAAAGGCCAACACUGAGAGCAGCAGACCUUCAGGACAGAGAUUUGUGUGCAGGAGCUGUGAUUUUAAGACUUGCAGUCAAGACGCUUUGACAAAGCAUGAGGCGCAGUGUGAACGAACUGAAAGCUCGGACUUGACUGAAACUGUCGUUUCUGGCAGCGCAGAUAGAGAAGCGGCUGUCACGUUAACGAACCAAACCAACGAAGAAGAAGAAGCUCCCUCGUUAAGGGAUAUAAAAACAUACAAGAGGCCGGCGCAAACCAUCGGCAGCUGUUUUACAGAAUCACCUGGAACAAACGAGAAGCUCAAGUUGGCCUGCGACACCAAGGAAACUCUAAUUUUAGUGGACACCCCCCCAGAACCCAACCUGCACUGGACCGCUGUGAGUAAAGUCUCUGCAAAGCCUUGGAUCGACGUCUACCAUCGGUCGGACAACUUCCUGCAAAGUGACCAUCUUUAUCAUGCCAUGCUAGGAGCUUCCGAUCCGGCGGAAGAACAAACAAAAAUGGCCGUGAACGAGAUCGGCAGAAGGACCAACGACGAGAGCUCGAACGGUCCCAAGACUAAAAAGGCCAAAUUAGAAUCAGAAAAUACACGAGAAGGGACUGAAGAUGGGAACGGAAAACAUUCGGGCAGCACGGAGUUUGCGUUUGAAGUCAGCGAAGACGAAGAGGAAAAGAAGGCCGGCGCCGUUGGCAGAGACCCGGCACCCCCGAGCGUUUAUUUCUGUAAGCACUGCGACUACAGCGACGUGAGCGUCAGGCUCGUGUCCGCUCACUAUCAUAGCAAUCACCCCUACGUCAGAUGUAACGAUGGCUACAUUCAGCAGCCGGCUGAUCAGAGCGCCACCUUCCGCUGCCUCCACUGCCCCGUGGAGUUUCUAAGCCCCGGUGACCUCAAGUGGCACUACACAGAAAAGCAUCCGGAGGUUCCAGACGUGUUCAAGAUGAAAUCGAAUGAGCUCAGACUGCUGUUUAGAUGCUUCACGUGUCCGUUCACCUGCCACGAGGCGAAGGCCCUAAAACACCACUACAAGGAAAGGCAUCCGGCUUGUGAGGCGGACAAUUCUUUGUUGUUCUGUAAAUAUUUCGCGAGCAAAUGUCCGAAGGAGCCGUGCGUGAAAACGUCAAGUCCAGAAAGAUCGGCGGAGGUUUCCCCCAAGAGACCCAGCUCACCGUCUAAAGAUGUGGAAAUUACACCUUCACCCCAACCCCCCACCCCCACAAGACCGGACGUGAGCCCGUAUAAAUGCAGCAGAUGUGACUUUGAGCACAAGUCAGCCGUUGUCAUGCAUGUUCACUACCAGAAAAAGCACCCGGAAAGGACUGUUACAAUAGAUGAAAUAAAACGGUUGGCUCGUAGCAAAUCACAGCCGAUGCCUGAGAAGGAAACCUCACAGGGCGAAAGAGCCGACGUACAUGUACAGGAGGAGCCUGCAGCAUCCACGGUCCGGGUCGUACCCGAGGUUUCCAAAAGUCGAUCAGACCUUUUGAGAAUUGAGGACGUUAGAUCUCUGGUGGACGGCGUCAAAAAAGGGAAGUUGCCUUCUAAACCCAUAAGACAAACAACCAGCAGAUUGGAGGAUUUGGAAAUGGACGAAAAGGUGCCUUCGCAGAAGGCGAAGCUCAAACCUGAGCUGGCUCUGCAAGACGCUACGUUGCCCACACCAGACCACACGUCGGAAGCUGCCAAGAAAACUUCAGAGCUUUCCGCACCAAAACACCUGAAGUCUGCAAAAAAUAAAAGCAGUGCGAAGAUGUCUGCCUCUAAACCUGAUACACAAACAACCGGGCCUAAAUCAGAAAAGCUGCUCUGUAGUUCACCGCUGGAGAUGCACUACUGUCAGUUUUGCAAUUACGCAAGUCCUCAAAUCAGAAGCGUCAUUGGCCAUCAUAACGCAAAACAUUCUGGCCAAAUACUCUUAUCGAAGGAAGACAUCAUACAGUAUAGCGCCGAGGUUAUGGAGAAUAAGGCCAAGAUCCAAAUGACUUCUGAAACCAGUAAUCACGUUGAAAAAAGCAGCAAAAUCGAGGCUCAGCUUAAAAGGAGCGGUUCUAAAAAAAAUCAACCCUAUGUGCUCGCAGACAAAUUAUUCUACUGCCAUCUCUGCAAUUUUGGAAAUCCGUCAACGCAAGGCGUGAUCGCUCACCAAAACAGAGUUCACAAAUACCGAUGGUCCAAUCGGGAGAAUAUUAUUAAAUAUUCGUCCUCGAUCCACAAGAAGAUAAAAGAAUCAAAACUUCAAGGAAAGACCACCACACUCUCUCAACAUUUACCUCUUCCUAUUAUAAGGGAAAGUGACAAGGACAUGUUUUUCUGCCGCUUUUGCAACUACAAAAACAGAGCGGUGUCCGUAGUGUUACACCAUUGCUCCAGAGUACACCGCGUUUCUAACGAGACCGCCAACAUUCACGCGUACACGGCCGCGGUGCUCAAACAGCUGCAGAAAUCUCCUCUUCUAUCGGCUUUGAACCCGGAGCCGCAGGAGAAAGCUACGGGCAAAAAAGAAACUGCAAACAGCUCUUCCGAGACAAUUCCCGGCUCGGCGUCGCUUGCAGCUGGGAGCGGCGAAACGCGAAGGAAGCUUCCGUGCAAAUACUGCACGUUCACUACUCAGUACGUGUUCCUUUUGAUGUCACACAUGCGGAAAACCCACUGCUCGAAAUUUUCCGUCACGCGGACUCUAAGGCUGUGCUACCGUAAAGGGGUGCUGGAGCCGGGCUAUCACUGCGAGUGGUGUGCUUUCAGUCACAAAAAAGCAGAAGCGGUCCACAAGCACUACCAGGAAUGGCAUCCAGGGUGUAAGCACGCAAGCCUUGCCACUAUAAAGACUCGGUUAUAUGUCGGUCCCAAUUGUAUGUUUUCAAAAGACAAGAAAACUGAACUAAAGCCGGGCCAUCAAGGCCUGAGAUCACAAAGUUCAGAAAAAACCGACAAACCUUAUCGAUGCGCAGCGUGUUCUUUUAAAAGUUUCUCAAAGUUCUCUCUCGAACGCCACAGCAACCAGUUUCAUCCCGCGCCCGCUAAAGAGGACGUCUCAGACCCGCAGAGUGACAAAGGGACGAGGGGAAAGAGCCAGUUGGAAGAACUCAACGAGAUGCCGGGGUUGUUUGAGUCCUUCCAGGUGCCUCUUGACGUCGCAGAGCAAGAAGAUUCGUCGUCCACGGUGUUCAAGUGCUCGUUGUGCCCCGCCACGUUCAAUCGGAAGCACGGCCUGAGCGUUCACUGCGGCAUCAAACACCUCGAAGAUAAAAACGCGAAAGAGCCGAAGAAACACGCGGAAAAAACCGAGCGGCGCGUACACGUCUUCAAGUGUCCGUAUUGCAACUACAUCAACACCAGUCAUCAGGGAGUUCUCACUCACUGCUACAUGAAGCAUCCUGCCUCCCCGUCCAGCGCAGACAGCCUUCAUCUGGAUCCGGCUCGUUUGCAGGAUCGGGACAAGAAGAGAAAUGCCUCCGACGAGACGUUCAAAUUCAGCGGGUACACCUGUAAAGCGUGCCCAAAGAUCUGUGCCACGCUGAAGAAGCUGAUGAGGCACCGCGAACAGGAACACAACGAGACGGCGCCCGGUGGGCCCAAACCGUCUGACAAGCCGUCUUUGGUUCUUAAGAUAAAGCUAGCUCAGCCCCACAAAACUCAUAAGUCCGUCUCCAAGGCUUCCCUUCUUACCAAGAACGUCUACGGCAGGUUGAAGUGCCAGCAGUGUCCUUAUGUCGCCUGCACAAACGUCGGUCUGAACCAACACGUGCUGAAGCAGCACAAGAAAGCUGCUCCGAAGGACUGCGUGUAUAAGUGCGUGUUGUGUCCACAGACCUAUUCGUUUAAAAAGCGACUUUCGAAGCAUUACGCCAGGACACACGGAAGGGGGGCCUACCUGAAAUACUACGUUCCCGUGUACAAGCCCGGCGGCAAGAAGCAAGAGCCGUCGCCUCAGCCGCAGCAACAUAACUCGAAGGACAAAAGGUUCAUCUACAGGUGUCCCAGCUGUCCGUACGUGAACACCACUUACCACGGGACUCUCACCCACAGCCAGAUGAAGCACCCAAGCGUUGUGGUGAGAGCCGACGAGCUGGAAACGGGCGAAAUCUCCGUCUCCAGCAUCAUACGGUGCUCGAAAGGAAAGGGUUCUUAUGAAAGAGGGUACCUGUGUAAGAGAUGCCCACAGAUUCACCCGUCCAUCAAGAAACUAAAAUCCCACUGUCAAAAAGAGCACGGCGGCGCGGCCGUUUCUGAGCUUUUCUCCGAAUACGAAGCAGACAAGCGAGACGGUGACGGCUCUCUGGCCGCAGACGUAGUAGCCGCCCCCUUGAAAGCAACAUCGCAGGACCCUCCCCGCCCUCAGGGGGAGCAAGGCGAAGAGGCGGCUUCCGGCGAUGGCGGUUCACGAGCCGACGCGUCCGAAGCUGCCCCUUCGAGGAAGGCGUUGCUGAAAAAAGACUCGUCGUACAAGUGUCAGCUGUGUGUGUACUCGACGUUCUCACGAAAAAACCUGCAAGCUCACUACAAAGGCGGUCACAAACUGGACGCGCUAAACACCUACAAGAUGUUGGAAAGGUACAACAAGCGAAAGAACAACUUCCUCCUGAAAUACUUCAGAUUUAAAAAACCGCCAACGUUGAAGUGCAAGAAGUGUCCAGACUCGACGUUUGACUCGUCCCAGUUGCUCAUCGACCACUACAACACUUUUCACAAGCUGGGCAGCAAAUCGGACUUCAUCGUGUUGUCGUUCGGAGUGAGGAAGGAAAGCACGGGGCUCUUCAAGUGCAAGUUCUGCAAAGUGAAUUUGUACGGAACCAGAAAACUCUGCCGACACCUGGACCGCCACCGAGACCAGGCCAAGCCGGAGGCCGCAAAAAAAAUGUAUUCCCUCUUCAGAGCAUUGCCAAGGCCCCUACGCCCUGAGGUCUCCCAACAAGAUAAACUCGCCAAAUCCGAAAGCGGCGAGGAGCUCAGCCAGCGGACGGACACGCCGGCGGAGGCUGGAAGUCUCUCGACCAGUCCCCAGACGUCGCCUUCGAAGCUCUCGGAUGUCGGGCCGGAGGCUGAAGGCCAAGGGGGCGGACACCGCUGCAAACGGUGCCAGAGGGCGUUCAUGUCGUACAAAGGUCUGCGUUUACACGAGCGAAGCCACGCCGCCAUGGGAGCCAUCAAGAAGCUGGACAAUGUGGUGAACACGGAGUUCAAACACAGCAUCAAAAAAUACCUUUUCCACAAACCGGAGACGGUGAAGCCUUACCUGUGUGGCUGCUGUUCUUACCGGACCAAUUUCAUGGCGCUUUGGCAAAGUCAUUUUCUGAAAAACCAUCAAGACAUCAUUGAGAAUGACUUAAAGAUCAGCACUAAAGACGAGGAGAUUUCUCAAAGCUCCGACAAGGAGUUUCCAGAUUCGUCUGAGAGAAUGGGCAACUUUCCUGACCUCAAUGAAGAACCAGAGGAUGCAGAAGAAUCCACCGAGUCGUACUCGGAGCCCCCGGAUGUGCAGCGGCAGUUGACCCACUACAGCUUGAUGGCGCAGAAUGUGGACAAAACGAACGUGAACUUUCACCAAAUCAAUUUGUACGACAGCUUCCUUCAGUGCGAGAUGUGCAACUUCAACACCGAACACCUGUCCAGCAUCCGGCGGCACUACGCGAACCGGCACGGGAAAAAAGUCCUCCGGUGCAAAGACUGCGACUUCUUCACGGGCGUGAGAAAAAACAUGGAAAUGCACAUAGAGACGGGCCAUUCCACCUGCCAGUCCAAACCGACUCAUCUGAAGGACCUCCGCUGCCCGUUCUGCCUCUACCAGACCAAGAACAAGAACAACAUGAUCGACCACAUCGUCCUGCAUCGAGAGGAACGAGUCGUGCCGAUAGAGGUGCGCCGCCCAAAACUAUCCCGCUACCUACAAGGCAUCGUCUUCCGCUGUCACAAAUGCACUUUCACCAGCGGUAGGGCUGAAAACCUGCGCCUGCACAUGAUGAGGCACGAUGACAUCAAACCUUACAAGUGUCGACUCUGCUACUUUGACUGCCCUCGCCUCAAAGACUUGGAGGCACACCUGAGCGAUAAGCACCAGGUUUUGAGAAACCAUGAGCUUGUGGGUCAGGUGAGCCUGGAUAAGCUAGAAGCGAGGACGGGCACCAGGCUGGAGAAGGAAGACGACCACAAGUCUGACAGUGAAGAGCUGGAAGCUGGGGAGUUAAACUCUGACCGCGAUGAUGAUCCCCAAAGCGACAGCGUCCCAGAAUACCACCCCGCAGACACGAUACUCCCUAUAAAGGAAGUGCAAGGGAGUCGGGAGCAGAAGGAAAGUGAAAGAACACCCUCCAACGGCUCUGUGUCGGACAUUACUCAGCAAAACACCAGUGAGCCGAGGAGACCUGAGCAGGACCUGCAAACACAGGAGCAGAAAGUGGCUUUGCGUCACUCUGCAAAAGAACAGCACGAAAUCAAUUCUGAAGUAGUUGCUGAGGAGCUCAAUGAGGCAGGACUCAAAUCUGACAGCUGCAGUUUUGCUGGAGAAGAGAGUAAGAUCCAAACCACGCCGAGCGACGGACAAGAAGAGAAAGCCGCAGAGACGCCUUUGACUUCCUUCAAAGCGGCAGAUGUCCAGGCCAACAGGCUGCAUUUGAAGGAGGGUCACCAAAAAGCACAGAGCGUAGAGGACGACAUAGUGCGCCAUGUCCUGCAGCUGGAUCAAGAUGGGAGCGUGCAAAAGUCACACAGGAGGCCCGAUCAGGAGAGAAACACUAAAAUAGACCAAACCGAGGCUAACGGUGUGGAACACGAGACAAGUGCUGAGCCAUUAUCAAUAAAGGUUUGUAGCACAUCUUUGGCCCAGAACCUAAAGUUUGAAGUCAACGUCAUCCCUAAUCCGUCCACAGCGAAGCUUAACUCCGCACAGGGAAGCGAGUCGAAGCGCAGAGAGGGUUUCCGAUUUGAACCCCAUUUGCUGACGCUUUCGCAAAACUUUCCGCGACCUCUGUUGGGCCACAGGGAGAGGUUGGGCAGGUUACUGGCGAACUCCAAACAGGAACAAAAACACGACGCCGGUGUCGUUAAGGAUGAGUCGGAACCGUCGACGGGGCCCGACGAGCACGUCAAGGAGGAACAGCCCCGUCUGGAACGGUGUGAGGAGGCGGAGGAGCUGAAGCCGGACCGAGAAGUUGAGAUUAACAAGAAGGAUGAGGACGAGUGCAAGGUUCAGGAUACGCCACACGUCCGUGAUGAUGCACUCGCCGCCCUGGAUGGAGCUGCUGAGCUUCUGUGUGAGAAGCCGUUCACCUGUGAGCUGUGUGGACGAAACCUCACCAACAGCUCUGAACUCAGUCGCCACGUCAUGCGUCAUGGAAUUUAACGUUUUCCUCUCCGGCGACGCCUGACGACUGCUGCUCCCUGCUUUUUAUACGAUGGAACUAUUUUACUCUUUGAAAACCGUUUAGGAACAAAGCAAUGUUACAAAUAGAUUAUUCACCUUUUUUUGGUUGUUUUUAGAUUUUUUUUUUUUAUCAUUUUCUAAUUGAAUAUUUUUAUACAGCAGCUGUUUAUACAUUAAUGCAGUAAGCAAAGAGAACUUCAAAACAUGACGACUGUAUCAUAUGACCUGUCUUAAAAGGUUAAAGUCAAAAAAGUAUUGCCCCCCUCCCCUCCAUUCCAUCCAUUUUAGAUUUUAACUUGAGAAACAGUGUUACUCUGGCGUCAUUGUUGUAGAAUUAAGCAGACCCUAACACUGUGAACCUUCAAAACUUUGACUUUAAAUGCUAGAUUGUAGGUAAUGUUACUGCUUGCUUCAGGCACUGUUAGGUAUUUGACUUUAAUUGAGAAUAAAUUUGUUUUUUUUUGUUGUUUUUUUCAGGAAUCUUCCACUUAGCUUUACACCUUCAUGUUUCAUUCUUGUUUUUUUAAAUUUGUGUCAAUGUCACUGGCAUUGUACUGUAAACUAAAUAAAUGAAAGACAAGACUGCAAUUGCUGCUGAA